UGAAACGCAGCCUAAAGCUUUUCCUCUUCACCGUGUCAACGCAGACUUACACAAUGGCUGGGGUGGCAUCUACGUUGGCCAAGAAGAGGGCAUUGGCCGCUGGGUUUGGCACUAAUGCCAACGCGUCAAAGUACCUAAACCAAGACUUCCAGUCUCUCAGGAGCGAGUGUCUGAAAAGAGGUUCACUAUUUACGGAUUCCACUUUUCCAGCUGCACCUGAGUCGCUCGGAUUCAAAGAGCUUGGCCCGAACACUUCCAAAACCAGAGGUGUGCAAUGGAAGCGACCAGGGGUAAGUUACUGCGCCUCUUAUACUCACUGAUUUUACGCAUGAUUGAAGUUCACUGCACUAAACCAAAGUGUUAUUAAAAAGUGCAUUUCCUAUCACUGGAAAAAAAUCGCUAUAGCCAGUGUCAGUAGUUUUUAGAUGGGCGUGUCCGGAUGCUGUCCUUUUUGGUGUCCCUAAUCGGUGUAAAUCCAUCACAUUCUUAUUUUCUACCCAAAACAACUCAUAUGUUGGAUUAAAUCAAUGUUAGUCAUCUGAUCCGAUCCUAAAGGUUUUGGCUGUGGUAGUGUUGGCAAUAGAUCAACUCAUGUCUAGGCUAACUCAUGUGAACUGACAUUAGCUCCCUGAAUAAAGCAAGUGGAUCACUUUAUUGAAGUUCUCAGGGUAUCUUUCUUACUUGUGUUUUGAUCCCUCCCUGAAUAGGAACUGGUGUCCAGCCCAGAGUUCAUCAUUGGUGGAGCAACGAGAACCGACAUCUGCCAAGGAGGCCUGGGUAAGUCUGCCUUUAUAUUAGGAGGUCUGGGUAAGUCUGCCUUUAUAUUAGGAGGUCUGGAUAAGUCUGCCUUUAUAUUAGGAGGUCUGGAUAAGUCUGCCUUUACAUUAGGAGGUCUGGAUAAAUCUGCCUUUAUAUUAGGAGGUCUGGAUAAGUCUGCCUUUAUAUUAGGAGGUCUGGAUAAGUCUGCCUUUAUAUUAGGAGGUCUGGAUAAGUCUGCCUUUAUAUUAGGAGGUCUGGAUAAGUCUGCCUUUACAUUAGGAACCAAAACAGGAACAGGAACCAUAUCAAAGCCACGGGGCCAGUUAGCAACAGCAUCCAUGUUUUCAUCUUUGAGGAAGAGAUGGUAUAGUAGUCCAAGUGAAUAUGAUUGAUGUAAUAACAUAAACAGUUAUUUCUUUAACCAAUUAUUACAGAGGGGAUUUGUUUUCCUAGACUACCAACGAAUAGCCCCCCCAUGUCAGGUUGUUAUCGUUCUAACGAGGUAUAGUAUUAUAAAACAUCAACAACAGGAAUAGAUUUCCAUGGAAACCAAUCCAGUAACCAUGCCGGGAGGAAGUCCGGUCACUUUGUUUGGAGAGUCCAUCUGGAGAUGCUCUGCAGAUGGUCAUACUAUCAACAAACUAUCUGUUGAUAAGCAACUGCUAGCUGUUAGUAGAUAGUUUAGAAGGGCUAGGUUAGGUUGGGUUAGGAUAAGUUUAGAAUAAGGUGUAGGUUAGGUUGAUAAGGUUUAGAUAAGGCUAGGUUAAGUAGGGCUAGGAUAAGGUUUAAUAAGGUUAACGGUUAGGGUAGGAUAGGUUUGGAUAGUAAGGGCUAGGGUUAAGUUAGGGUUGAUAAGGUAGAUAAGGUUAGGGUUAGGAUAAGGUUUAGAAUAAGGGCUAGGGUUAAGGUUAGGGUUAGGAUAAGGUUUAGAAUAAGGGUUAAGGUUAGGGUUAGGAUAAGGUUUAGAAUAAGGGCUAGGGUUAAGGUUAGGGCUAGGGUUAGAGUUAAUUAGGAUAAGGUAGGUUAGUAGCUGGUAAGGUUCAGGUAGAAAAGGUUAUGGAAAGGCUAGGGUUAAGUUGGCUUGGGAAAGGUAGUUGUAGGCUAGGUGGUUAGUUGCUUCGAUAAGGUGUAGGUUGGUUAGUCAUGUGAAAGUCCCUGAUGCGCUGGAGGUCUACAACCAGAUUUGUUAUUGGCUCCUUCUCCAGGUGCGUUUAAGUGAGCUGUUACUACAGCCCUUAACCAACGUGCAUAAUUUUUUUAUAAAAAAGUAAAAAAACGACACAAAAAGUGAGAAAAGGAGCAGAGUAAUACAUAACAUUAGGGAGCUAUAUAUACAGGGGGACCGGGCAGGUCAAUGUCGGCACGCUAGUGCGUAGUUGAGCUGUAAUAUGUACAUGUGGGUAGAGCUAAAGUGAUAUGCAUAAAUAAUUAAACAAGUGCAGCAGCGUAAAAAAUUGUGGUGGGGUGGGGGGGGGGGGGGGCAGUGCAAAUAGACUGUAGCCAGAUUAGCUCUACCAGUAUGUGUUAGCUGACAGUAAAUAGCGGCGCCCUGGUGUGUAUGUCAAACUGCAUAUUCUAAAGCGUGAGUCAGAAAGAGCAAUGGCCGUGGUCGACUAAACCAGUUAAACCCGAAUGAACACCUCACUCGCUCACCAUAAACACGGCAGUUAACGUCUGGUUUAACCGGGGUAGGGAUGGGGCCCGCCCAGAGGGAGAUGUUUUGAUCAGUUGACUCAUUUUUUUCAUAACUCAUCUUUAGACACACACACACACACACACACACGCACAACAAACAUGUGUCUCUUCUCUGUUCUCUCCAGGUGACUGCUGGCUCCUGGCAGCCAUCGCCUCUCUGACCCUGAAUGAAGAUGUGAUGGCCCGGGUCGUUCCUGAAGGACAAGGCUUUGGACCUGGAGAGUACGCUGGGAUCUUUCACUUCCAGGUAGAGAUAGGCUCACGUUCUAGAGUCACAGGCCGGAUCAUAAAAUGGCAGCCUGUGCACUAAUUUUGAUUAGGCUCUGGUCCAAAGUAGUUCACGAUAAAGCAGUCGUAUUCAAACUUUGUCAGCGGGGAUCCACCAGAAUGCCUGGGGACCCCAUUUUUCCCCCAUGAACUUCUCGUGACCCCACCCCACCCCAAAUCUAAUGACACAACCUUAAAAUCCAUACAUUUUUUACAUCAACAAAUAACCUUAAAUUCAUUGCAUUUUCAUCUCUUAUCAUAAUGAAAAUAAACCAAUAAAUGCAUUUACUCCAUAUAUAUUUAUUUAUUAUGAUCUUUCUCAAAAUUAUCUUUCCCAAACAAUAAUAUAUACUCUGAAUUUUCUGUUCCUAAAAUGUGAAGUUACAAAUUUUUUUUUUUUUUUUUACAAUGUUGGCAACCCCACUGCAGUUUCCCCAGACUUUGAAUACCACUGCUAUGAAAUAAAUAGUGCCAUUCGGAGCGCAGACAUAUUGUAUAUAGUCCAAGUAUACAGUAUAUAAUGUGACUAUACAGGUUAAAUUAACCCUGCCAGAUGUCACACCUUAUUCUCCUUCUGGAGAAAACGUAGAACGGCUGGGGUCGAGGCUACCAUAACUCAAGCCCUUAUUGUUGUCUCGUGUCUGUGGCGUUAGAAUAACAACUAGUAUGAACAACUCCCACAUGAAGUGGUCGUGGUUAGCGCGCAACACAAUGCGGUACCUCUGUCAAAGCAACAAUUAGGAGGGCGUAUCUUCUCUCAGACACGUAAUACGCCCCCUGUAUGUGAGACAACCAGUAACGUCAUUUUUUUGGAUUAUCCAAACUCGGCAACGGAAUCUGAUAACGUUCAGUCACUUUUGAUUGAAUUAUCUGUAAUCUGAUUAAAAUAUUUUUUGCUGGUAACAUAACUGAUUAAAGGUUACGCUACCAGCCACCCUGUAUAAAGGAUGCACAGUUCUGGAAGUUUUUCCCCCAUCCAGAUGGGCCAUUGUGUUAAACUGAGAGAAGGGCUACCUACCAACUCUGCCCAGAGUGGGCGAAAACGCACUUUGGUGAUGACAUUUCACUUCCUUAUGUUACAAAAUACAUUUUACCAAGACCAAUAUGAAUCUUCAUGUUCUGAAUCAUUCAGUGGGGUCUUUGUCUAACAUUUAAUUAACAUUUAUAUCCAAAAAGUAGGAUUUCAUAACCUAAGGGACAGAUCUAAAUUAACUAGGGGAGAGGGGCUGGUUCAACUCAAGGUGUCAUUUUAAAAAAUGCAGCUCCCUCCCCAACAUUACAAAUAUUUCCACAUGACCCUCCCCUUGUAUUGUAAAAUUAAUUGAACCCCCUCCCCCUCAGAAUUAACUGAGAAUAAUGUUUACCACCAAACAUUACAAUAACUGUAGUGAGUGUGUUUAUAGAUGUUGAUAUGGACUUCGUCACUUCAGCAUGUUUUUUUGUGGCAACAGUCAAUGUCACACAGGGCUACAAGCCAGAAGAGUUGAGGGUUCUCCGACCUCUUCCCGAGAAGAGUUGAGGGUUCUCCGACCUCUUCCCGAGAAGAGUUGAGGGUUCUCCGACCUCUUCCCGAGAAGAGUUGAGGGUUCUCCGACCUCUUCCCGAAGAGUUGAGGGUUCUCCGACCUCUUCCCGAGAAGAGUUGAGGGUUCUCCGACCUCUUCCCGAGAAGAGUUGAGGGUUCUCCGACCUCUUCCCGAGAAGAGUUGAGGGUUCUCCGACCUCUUCCCGAGAAGAGUUGAGGGUUCUCCGACCUCUUCCCGGGAAGAGUUGAGGGUUCUCUGACCUCUUCCCGAGAAGAGUUGAGGGUUCUCCGAUCUCUUCCCAAGAAGAGUUGAGGGUUCUCCGACCUCUUCCCGAGAAGUGUUGAGGGUUCUCCGACCUCUUCCCGAGAAGAGUUGAGGGUUCUCCGACCUCUUCCCGAGAAGAGUUGCGGGUUCUCCGACCUCUUCCUGAGAAGAGUUGAGGAUUCUCCGACCUCUUCCCGAGAAGAGUUGAGGGUUCUCCGACCUCUUCCCGAGAAGAGUUGAGGGUUCUCCGACCUCUUCCCGAGAAGAGUUGAGGGUUCUCCGACCUCUUCCUGAAGAGUUGAGGGUUCUCCGACCUCUUCCUGCAUGUUUUAUUACACUAUGAUCAAUGAUCAGCUAGGGCGAAAUCAGAAUUUCUACAUUUUGAUACCAUAUUUAUAAUUAUAUAAAAUACACGCAACGAAUUUUCCACCAACAGGUUUCUGUGCCAAUGCACCACAUAACCAAUGAACAAAGCAUACCGACUUCAGGCACUUCAAUAUCAUGGCUUGUAUUCAACACCACAAUAAUAGACUGUGUUAGUCUCGACAAACAGAACACGCAUCCCUACUAGACCUGUCCCUGUGUUGGUCCAGUAAACAAAGUCACGUCCUCUGCGUCCAUUAUACCGUGUAGCGGUGUUGGAGUUGGUUAUAACCUAUUUAUUGACGUGAUUAUGAUAUCGCUACAGGUCAGGUGCAUGCGAUGCAUACGUGUGUCACGUAAAGAGAGCGAGGGGUUGAGGGAAUAGGGAAUGUUUUUCCUAAACAAAUGAGGGAUUUCAAGUAAGAAACUAGAAGUGUCUAAUUAUUUUUGCCGCUUCAGCACCACGGACAGCGCGGUAAACACUGUUGCUGUGCUCAUGAGGAUUUCAAAUGGUGUGGUGGCUUUCUGCUAAGUUAUUUUCCGCUGGUUGCAAAAAGCAAAAGUAACAUGACAUCAGCUGAAUUAAAUGUAAAAGGUUUUGAAAAUUAAAAAGCUUGCGGUAUGCUCAGUGCUUGGUUGAAAUUUCACAGAGAUACACUUGUUCUUCUGAGAAAUCUUUAAAUAAUAACAGAAUUUUGCAUUAAUAUAAAAAACAUAUAUCCAUCUUACCUCUAUAUUGUUUUAUGUCCUCCUGAUUGGAGAAGAAAGAUGACGAGUUCAACAGUGAGCCUGUCAGGUAGCCUUAAAUCUCUCACAGCAUCCAGUCUAGCUGACGCCAUGCUAUGUUCCAGAUUGUUCCAGAUUCUUGACCACUUUCUUUUCUCUUACACAUAUCAGCCUUGUCUAGAAACAAUCCCUAAACCCCUACCACCCUAGACACUAGAAACAAUCCCUAAACCCCUACCACCCUAGACACUAGAAACAAUCCCUAAACCCCUACCACCCUAGACACUAGAAACAAUCCCUAAACACCUACCACCCUAGACACUAGAAACAAUCCCUUAACCCCUACCACCCUAGACACUAGAAACAAUCCCUAAACCCCUACCACCCUAGACACUAGAAACAAUCCCUAAACCCCUACAACCCUAGACACUAGAAACAAUCCCUAAACCCCUACCACCCUAGACACUAGAAACAAUCCCUAAACCCCUACCACCCUAGACACUAGAAACAAUCCCUAAACCCCUACCACCCUAGACACUAGAAACAAUCACUUUACCACUACCACCCUAGACACUAGAAACAAUCCCUAAACCCCUACCACCCUAGACACUAGAAACAAUCCCUAAACCCCUACCACCCUAGACACUAGUGGAUAUCAAGGUUGAUUCUGGACACGACCAUUCCUUAUCAGGUAUGUAAGUUAAGGGAUGUACCAUUAAGUUCUGGAGGUUUCCAUUGUGUUAGGGUGGGAGGCCCUAGUGAGAGGUGUGCUGUGGGAAACUUUGGGUUAGCACAGAGGAGAGGAGGACACCACAGUCAUUCAGAAUGAGGAACAGAGGGAUCUGGUUUUAAUGCACUCACACAUUCCCCAUCAUGAAUCUAACAGAAACUGCCUCCAACCAAUUCUUACGCCAAUCGUUGACAGGGAUGUACCUGUCACUUUAGAAGAAAAAAAAUGUGAGAAUCCGUUUGCAGCUUCAGGUUUCAACAACUGGUGCUGCUCAGUAUGGAACUGGCUGUAUUUGGAUAUGUGCCUAUUCACACUAACAAAGUUGUCAUUUUAGGAGGAUCAUUUCCACUUAUGUUUUAAUUAUGAUCAGUCAGUACAAUCAGCCAAAGAGUUCAAUCUUGGUUUCAUCAGACCAGAGAAUCUUGUUUAAAGAUGCACAAUGCAGAAAACGCUCUGUCAUUUCCUGGUUGCAAAAAUUCUAAUAGUUUGCCUAGUUUCAGUUUAUGUGACAAAACAAGCCAGUAUAGCUUAGAGAAUCAUUGUACCAUCUAAACCGCUGUGGAAUAUAUUUUCCAUAACCAAAAAUAUUGUAUUUUCAGGUGUUUGAAGCUGGUGUACAAAACUUUAAAGUAAAAGACGCAAAAAUGAAACAUAAGAAUGGGAAACAUAGAAAUAGCACACAUAGAACAGAUUUACAGCUUUUUAGACUUGCUUUCAAUGAGAAUGACAGAUCUAUAACUCACAUUUCUAUGUGGAUUUGGCCGGGUCGCCCGAAAAGUUAUAUAUUGCAGCUUUAACUAUUUAACUAACUAUUUAGUAGUCUUAUGGCUUGGGGUAGAAGCUGUUCAGGGUCCUGUUGAUUCCAAACUUGGUGCAUCGGUACCACUUGCCGUGCGGUAGCAGAGAGAACAGUCUAUGACUUGGGUGGCUGGAGUCUUUGACAAUUUUUAGGGCUUUCCUCUGACACCGCCUGGUAUAGAGGUCCUGGAUGGCAGGAAGCUUGGCCCCAUUGAUGUACUGGGCCGUAAGCACUACCCUCUGUAGGGCAUUGCGGUCAGAUUCCAAGCAGUUGCCAUACCAAGCAGUGAUGUAGCCAGUCAAGAUACUCUCAAUGGUGCAGCUGUAUAACUGUUUGAGGAUCUGAGGACGCAUGCCGAAUCUUUUCAGCCUCCUGAGGGGAAGAGGCAUUGUCGUGCCCUCUACAUGACUGUGUUGGUGUGUGUGGACCAUGUUAAUUCCUUAGUGAUGUGGACACAGAGGAAUUUGAAACUCUCGACCUGCACCACUACAGCCCCGUCGAUGUGGGUGGGGGGUGCUCAGCCUUCCGUUUCCUGUAGUCCUCGAUCAGCUCCUUUGUCUUGCUGACGUUGAGGGAGAGGUUGUUGUCCUGGAAUCACACGGCCAGGUCUCUGACCUCCUCCCUAUAGGCUGUCUCAUCGUCGUCAGUGAUCAGGCCUACCACUGUUGUGUCGUCAGCAAACUUCAUGUUGGUGUUGGAGUCGUGCGCAGCAUCGCAGUCGUGGGUGAACAGGGAGUACAAGAGCGGACUAAGCACGCAUCCCUGAGGGGCCCCCGUGUUGAGGGUCAGCGUGGCGGAAAGUGUUGUUGCCUACCCUCACCACCUGGGGGCGGCCCGUCAGGAAGUCCAGGAUCCAGUUGCAGAGGGAGGUGUUUAUUCCCAGGGUCCUUAGCUUAGUGAUGAGCUUGGAGGGGACUAUGGUGUUGAACGCUGAGCUGUAGUCAAUAAACAAUCAUUCACACGUGGGUGUUCCAUUUGUCCAGGUGGGAAAGGGCAGUGUGGAGUGCAAUAGAGAUUGGGUCAUCUGUGGAUCUGUUGGGGCAGUAUGUGAAUUGGAGUGGGUCCAGGGUGUCUGGGAUGAUGGUGUUGAUGUGAGCCAUGACCAGCCUUUCAAAGCAUUUCAUGGCUACAGAUGUGAGUGCUACGGGGCUGUAGUUAUUUAGACAGGUUACCUUGGCAUUCUUGACAGGGACUAUGGUGGUCUGCUUGAAACAUGUAGGUAUUACAGACUGGGUCAGGGAGAGGUUGAAAAUGUCAGUGAAGUCACUUGCCAGCUGGUCAGCUCAUGCUCUGAGUACGCUUCCUGGUAAUCUGUCUGGCCCUGCGGCCUUGUGAAGGUUAACCUGUUUAAAGGUCCUACUUACAUCGACAACGGAGAGCGUGAUCACACAGUCGUUCGGAACAGCUGGUGAUCUCAUGCAUGGUUCAGUGUUGCUAGCCUUGAAGCGAGCAUUGAAGGUAUUUAGCUCGUCUGGUAGGCUCGCGUCACUCGGCAGCUCACGGCUGGGAUUCCCUUUGUAAUCCGUGAUAGUUUGCAAGCCCUGCCACAUCGGACAAGCAUCAGAGCCGGUGUAGUAGGAUUCAAUCUUGGUCCUGUAUUGACUCUUUGCAUGUUUGAUGGUUCGUCUGAGGGCAUAGCGGGAUUUCUUUAUAAGCGUCCAAAUUAGUGUCCUGCUCCUUGAAAGCGGUAGCUCUAAUCUUUAGCUCGGUGCGGAUGUUGCCCGUAAUCCAUGGCUUCUAUUUUGGAUAUGUACGUACGAUACACUUUUUAAUGAAGCCAGUGACUGAUGUGGUAAACUCCUCAAUGCCAUCAGAAGAAUCCCGGAACAUAUUCCAGUCUGUGCUAGAGAAACAGUCCUGUAGCGUAGCAUCCGCUUCAUCGGACCACUUCCGUAUUGAGUGCAUCACUGGUACUUCCUGUUUGACUUUUUUCUUGUAAGCAGGAAUCAGGAGGAUGGGAGUUAUGGUCAGAUUUGCCAAAUGGAGGGUGAGGGAGAGCUUUGGAUGCGUCUCUGUGUGUGGAGUAAAGGUGAUCUCGAGUUUUUUCGCCACUAGUUGCACAGGUGAGAUGCUGGUAGAAAUUAGGUCAAACGGAUUUCAGUUUUCCUGCAUUAAAGUCACCGGCUACUAGGAGCGCCACCUCUGGGUGAGCAUUUUCUUGUUUACUUAUGGCCCUAUACAACUGUGUGGUCUUAGUGUAAGCAUUGGUUUGUGGUGGUAAAUAGACAUCUACGAAAAAUAUAGAGCCGUCUUCUCCUUCUUCAAGUGUCUGGGAUUUGGACCUGGUCCAGGAUAAUCCAUAUGUCUUUCGCCUCUGACUCAUUGAAGUAGUCCUCGUCCAAAUCGAGGUUAAUGAUCGCUGUUCUGAUGUCCAGAAGCUCUUUUCGGUCAUUGGAAACGAUGGCGGAAACAUUAUGUACAAAAAAAGUUACGAUCAGUGCAAGAACAUAUACAAAAUAGCACAAUUGGUCAGGAGCCUGUAAAACAGCCACUUUUCCCUCCAGCACCAUUCUCUGCAAAGAGUUCUGGAAUGUAACCAUUCUCAUGUUCUGGAAUGCAAUGUUGAAUGUUGUCUGUUGUGGUCCUCUUCAGUUCUGGCAGUUUGGUGAGUGGGUGGAUGUGGUGAUUGAUGACCGGCUGCCAACGAAGGAUGGAAAGCUGCUAUUUGUUCACUCAGCCGAGGGCAAUGAGUUCUGGAGCGCCCUGCUGGAGAAGGCCUACGCCAAGUAAGAUACAGCACCAUAAUACAUACAUGGUUUAUGCUAAGAUACAGCACCAUAAUACAUACAUGGUUUAUGCUACGAUACAGCACCAUAAUACAUGGUUUAUGCUACGAUACAGCACCAUAAUACAUGGUUUAUGCUACGAUACAGCACCAUAAUACAUGGUUUAUGCUAAGAUACAGCACCAUAAUACAUACAUGGUUUAUGCUACGAUACAGCACCAUAAUACAUGGUUUAUGCUACGAUACAGCACCAUAAUACAUACAUGGUUUAUGCUACGAUACAGCACCAUAAUACAUACAUGGUUUAUGCUACGAUACAGCACCAUAAUACAUACAUGGUUUAUGCUACGAUACAGCACCAUAAUACAUACAUGGUUUAUGCUAAGAUACAGCACCAUAAUACAUGGUUUAUGCUACGAUACAGCACCAUAAUACAUGGUUUAUGCUACGAUACAGCACCAUAAUACAUGGUUUAUGCUAUGCUACAGCACCAUAAUACAUACAUGGUUUAUGCUAAGAUACAGCACCAUAAUACAUACAUGGUUUAUGCUACGAUACAGCACCAUAAUACAUGGUUUAUGCUACGAUACAGCACCAUAAUACAUGGUUUAUGCUAAGAUACAGCACCAUAAUACAUACAUGGUUUAUGCUACGAUACAGCACCAUAAUACAUGGUUUAUGCUACGAUACAGCACCAUAAUACAUGGUUUAUGCUAAGAUACAGCACCAUAAUACAUGGUUUAUGCUAAGAUACAGCACCAUAAUACAUACAUGGUUUAUGCUAAGAUACAGCACCAUAAUACAUACAUGGUUUAUGCUAAGAUUCAGCACCAUAGUACAUACAUGGUUUAUGCUAAGAUACAGCACCAUAGUACAUACAUGGUUUAUGCUAAGAUACAGCACCAUAAUACAUGGUUUAUGCUAAGAUACAGCACCAUAAUACAUGGUUUAUGCUACGAUACAGCACCGUAAUACAUGGUUUAUGCUAAGAUACAGCACCAUAAUACAUACAUGGUUUAUGCUAAGAUACAGCACCAUAAUACAUACAUGGUUUAUGCUAAGAUACAGCACCAUAAUACAUGGUUUAUGCUACGAUACAGCACCAUAAUACAUCCAUGGUUUAUGCUAAGAUACAGCACCAUAAUACAUACAUGGUUUAUGCUAAGCUACAGCACCAUAAUACAUACAUGGUUUAUGCUAAGAUACAGCACCAUAGUACAUACAUGGUUUAUGCUAAGAUACAGCACCAUAAUACAUGGUUUAUGCUAAGAUACAGCACCAUAAUACAUGGUUUAUGCUAAGAUACAGCACCAUAAUACAUGGUUUAUGCUAAGAUACAGCACCAUAGUACAUACAUGGUUUAUGCUAAGAUACAGCACCAUAAUACAUGGUUUAUGCUAAGAUACAGCACCAUAAUACAUGGUUUAUGCUACGAUACAGCACCGUAAUACAUGGUUUAUGCUAAGAUACAGCACCAUAAUACAUACAUGGUUUAUGCUAAGAUACAGCACCAUAAUACAUACAUGGUUUAUGCUAAGAUACAGCACCAUAAUACAUGGUUUAUGCUACGAUACAGCACCAUAAUACAUCCAUGGUUUAUGCUAAGAUACAGCACCAUAAUACAUACAUGGUUUAUGCUAAGCUACAGCACCAUAAUACAUACAUGGUUUAUGCUAAGAUACAGCACCAUAGUACAUACAUGGUUUAUGCUAAGAUACAGCACCAUAAUACAUGGUUUAUGCUAAGAUACAGCACCAUAAUACAUGGUUUAUGCUAAGAUACAGCACCAUAAUACAUACAUGGUUUAUGCUACGAUACAGCACCAUAAUACAUGGUUUAUGCUACGAUACAGCACCAUAAUACAUGGUUUAUGCUAAGAUACAGCACCAUAAUACAUGGUUUAUGCUAAGAUACAGCACCAUAAUACAUACAUGGUUUAUGCUAAGAUACAGCACCAUAAUACAUACAUGGUUUAUGCUAAGAUUCAGCACCAUAGUACAUACAUGGUUUAUGCUAAGAUACAGCACCAUAGUACAUACAUGGUUUAUGCUAAGAUACAGCACCAUAAUACAUGGUUUAUGCUAAGAUACAGCACCAUAAUACAUGGUUUAUGCUACGAUACAGCACCGUAAUACAUGGUUUAUGCUAAGAUACAGCACCAUAAUACAUACAUGGUUUAUGCUAAGAUACAGCACCAUAAUACAUACAUGGUUUAUGCUAAGAUACAGCACCAUAAUACAUGGUUUAUGCUACGAUACAGCACCAUAAUACAUCCAUGGUUUAUGCUAAGAUACAGCACCAUAAUACAUACAUGGUUUAUGCUAAGCUACAGCACCAUAAUACAUACAUGGUUUAUGCUAAGAUACAGCACCAUAGUACAUACAUGGUUUAUGCUAAGAUACAGCACCAUAAUACAUGGUUUAUGCUAAGAUACAGCACCAUAAUACAUGGUUUAUGCUAAGAUACAGCACCAUAAUACAUGGUUUAUGCUAAGAUACAGCACCAUAGUACAUACAUGGUUUAUGCUAAGAUACAGCACCAUAAUACAUGGUUUAUGCUAAGAUACAGCACCAUAAUACAUGGUUUAUGCUACGAUACAGCACCGUAAUACAUGGUUUAUGCUAAGAUACAGCACCAUAAUACAUACAUGGUUUAUGCUAAGAUACAGCACCAUAAUACAUACAUGGUUUAUGCUAAGAUACAGCACCAUAAUACAUGGUUUAUGCUACGAUACAGCACCAUAAUACAUCCAUGGUUUAUGCUAAGAUACAGCACCAUAAUACAUACAUGGUUUAUGCUAAGCUACAGCACCAUAAUACAUACAUGGUUUAUGCUAAGAUACAGCACCAUAGUACAUACAUGGUUUAUGCUAAGAUACAGCACCAUAAUACAUGGUUUAUGCUAAGAUACAGCACCAUAAUACAUGGUUUAUGCUAAGAUACAGCACCAUAAUACAUACAUGGUUUAUGCUAAGAUACAGCACCAUAAUACAUACAUGGUUUAUGCUAAGAUACAGGACCAUAAUACAUACAUGGUUUAUGCUAAGCUACAGCACCAUAAUACAUGGUUUAUGCUAAGAUACAGCACCAUAAUACAUGGUUUAUGCUACGAUACAGCACCAUAGUACAUACAUGGUUUAUGCUAAGAUACAGCACCAUAAUACAUACAUGGUUUAUGCUAAGAUACAGCACCAUAAUACAUACAUGGUUUAUGCUAAGAUUCAGCACCAUAGUACAUACAUGGUUUAUGCUAAGAUACAGUACCAUAAUACAUACAUGGUUUAUGCUAAGAUACAGCACCAUAGUACAUACAUGGUUUAUGCUAAGAUUCAGCACCAUAGUACAUACAUGGUUUAUGCUAAGAUUCAGCACCAUAGUACAUACAUGGUUUAUGCUAAGAUACAGCACCAUAAUACAUACAUGGUUUAUGCUACGAUACAGCACCAUAAUACAUGGUUUAUGCUACGAUACAGCACCAUAAUACAUGGUUUAUGCUAAGAUACAGCACCAUAAUACAUGGUUUAGGCUAAGAUACAGCACCAUAAUACAUGGUUUAUGCUACGAUACAGCACCAUAAUACAUGGUUUAUGCUAAGCUACAGCACCAUAAUACAUGGUUUAUGCUAAGAUACAGCACCAUAAUACAUGGUUUAUGCUACGAUACAGCACCAUAGUACAUACAUGGUUUAUGCUACGAUACAGCACCAUAAUACAUACAUGGUUUAUGCUAAGAUACAGCACCAUAAUACAUACAUGGUUUAUGCUAAGAUACAGCACCAUAAUACAUACAUGGUUUAUGCUAAGCUACAGCACCAUAGUACAUACAUGGUUUAUGCUAAGAUACAGCACCAUAAUAAAUACAUGGUUUAUGCUAAGCUACAGCACCAUAAUAAAUACAUGGUUUAUGCUACGAUACAGCACCAUAAUACAUGGUUUAUGCUAACAUACAGCACCAUAAUACAUACAUGGUUUAUGCUACGAUACAGCACCGUAAUACAUGGUUUAUGCUAAGCUACAGCACCUUAGUACAUACAUGGUUUAUGCUAAGUAAGAUACAAUAUUAACACAACAGAUACAGUUCAUGGUGUAAACGUUGUUUGUCAAAGAGUUCUGUCAUUCCCUGUUCAGUAUUACCUGAUUCCCAGAGGAUUUGCGGUGUUGCCUGAAAAAAAGAAUUGGCCAAUGUAUAUAUGGUCUCCUUUCAAACAGCCAGAUUUUUUACCACAUUCGCGAUUCACCUUUUAUACCUCCCGUGCAAAUACAAGUUUAGGAGUGGGCCGAUAUGGGUGGGUGUCUAUUUUAAUAAAUCCAUUGAACAUACACCAUCACAAAGAAAUCCAUUAUUAAUUCAUUUAGGCAGGUCCUAAGAAAACAUUAUAAGACCUUUAAAAUGUAUUUUCAAAACAAUAGAAUGGAAUAAUUUGAGUUAAAUUAUGUUACUGGUCUGUGCAGUCAUAGGUGGUUAUUUUGUUAAUUAAACAGACAACACACACAUACCCCGAUUACAGUCAACACAUAUAUAUUUUAUAGUAAUUAUAUAAUGGAGUAUAACAGAAUAUCUUUUCCACACAACUUGUGUCACGGGAACGUGUGGAACUGCUGUCAUAUAAACAAACACAAAAUAGCGAUAUUUUGAAACAGAGCCCAAGGCAAGCCCAUCUUUCAUCUCUUUCCUGUACCCUCAAUCCACUUUGUUAGGGGAACAGGCGUAUGGUCUUACAUUGAGAGUAUCUUCAUCAUGACACCAAUAGAAAAUAAUAACAGUCUAUAUUUAUUCAAAAGCAUGUGAGUCUAGUGAUCAUAUUUCACAACCUCCGCGGGCUUUUGGAGUUGCCUGUACGCGAGCAAAAAUAAUAGCCCUACUCUUGAUUUAGGCUACAUUAUAGCAUGCUAAAUGUUCCUGAUCAGUGAUAAAUAAGCAAACGAAUAGAUGAGCAACACCACCUCCACUUAUUUGCCCAGCCAGGGAAUUAACCAAAUAUACACAAGGAGAUUCAGUGAAACAAAAAUCACAUUGAUUGAUUAAGACAAGUCACAGGUUUUUGGUCGGGCCUAGGCUACUAAGCGACUGCAAGUGAAUCUUAACUGGCUAAAUGUUCCGAUCAGUGCUAAUUAAUGAGCCAAAUAGCCUAACCAAUAGCAAAUGGAGAUUCAGUGAAAACAAAAAUCUGACAUCUUGACUUAUCAAGACGAGUCCCCCACGCUUGUCUCAAAGCAGCGCAAUGGCGCUGUCCCAAUCAAAACGGUGCUAAAACUAUCAUCUAAACAGUUGACCACACGCGGGUUGGCUAUUGCUUCAAAUGUAUUGUAAUGAUUGGAUGACUUCGGGAGUUUCAGGAAGCAACUAUUUGAUACAUGCCGUCAAAUGCAUUAGACUACUUUAUUGCAAUAUGUUCGUCACCCAGUGAUAUUUAUUCCCACAGUAAUUCUUUAUGGAUCCAUCCAGUUGUGGUUUAGAAACAGUAACAUGCCUAACAAAGUUUAGAACUGCCUGGAGGAUGGUAACGGCCUAUAACGGGCGCUGCUUAGCAACCAUCAAGAGUUUAGGAGCGUAGUGCGUGCCAAGGCCUAUGGAGCAUUAUGGCUUCAUAGGCAGAACUUUACCGGAAUCAUGACUAGGUCAAAGUUUAGGCUUUGAUACCGGCAACACCUUUCAGAUAUAAAGAAAAGGUGUAAAAAAAAAAGUUGGCGGCAUUCUAAAAUUGCCAGAAAAACUUUUUGGUUUGAAAGGUGUAUUUGUCUGUUCAUAUUUUUUCUGUCUGUCUGUGCUGUCUGUCUGUCUGUCUGUCUGUCUGUCUGUCGUCUUAACAUGUCUCUCUCUCUCUCUCUCUCUCGUCUGUCUCUAGACUCUCCUCUAUCAUAGUUCUCUCUCUCUCUCUCUUUUUCUACUUCUCUCCUCGCCUUCGCUCCCUCUCUCUCUCUAUCACCUCUAUCUUCUCGCUUAAUCUCUAUCUCUUCACUCUCUCUCUCUUUCUCUCUCUCUCCUUCUCUUCUCUCUCUCUCUCUUCUCUCUCUCUCUCUCUCUUCUCUCUCUCUCCUCUGUCUCUCUCUCUGUGUCGCUCAGGGUGAAUGGAUGCUAUGAGGCUCUGUCAGGUGGCUCCACCACUGAGGGCUUUGAGGACUUCACAGGAGGGAUAGCAGAGAACUAUGACCUGAAGAAGGCUCCCUCUAACCUGUUCCAGAUCAUCAGGAAAGCCCUGGCCUCUGGAGCUCUGCUGGGCUGCUCCAUCGACGUGUGUACAACUUCAGAAUAUAACAUUAUAUUAUUAUCAAGUUGGAGUUUCAGGUUUUUAUUUGCCACGUGUAAUGAAAACAUUGUAGGACUUCACAUGAUUGUGAUAUGUGGUUGUUUUACUGGAUAAGAGCAUAUGCUAUAUGGCUAAAAUGUAAAUGAGACAGUCAAUGUUACAUGCAGAUAUUAUCAAAGAGAAGGUUUUAUUUGCGAUGAUAGUGGGGGGUUUUCCUUCACUUUAGUUGUGCCACGGAAUGUAAGUCGCUCUGGAUAAAAACGUAUGUUAUGAGACGGUCACUGUUAAAUGCAGUAAACGUUUGGGAGUGGUUUCCUGGGCACAGAUUAAGCCUAGUCCUAGACUAAAAAUCAAGCUGAAUGAACAGCCUCCAUGGAUAAUUAUUUUAGUCCAGGUUCUGUGAGCUGUUUGGUUGUGGUUUUAUCAGGUUUCUAAUCCUAGUUUGUUCAUGGUGUGUUUCUGAUUUCGUUACGGUGUGGUUCCCCUGUCUCUCCAGAUCACCAGCCAGGCGGACUCAGAGGCCAUCACCUAUCAGAAGCUGGUGAAAGGACACGCCUACUCUCUGACCGGGGCUAUGGAGGUAACGUCAGACAGACUCAUACAGUAGGGUUCCCCAACUGGCAGGCCGAAUUUGGCCCGCAGGUGGUUUCAUUUGCCCCCCCCCCCCCCCCCCCCCCCAAACUUUUCUGAGCAAAAAAACAAAAAGUGUUUUUAAUUUUGAUUGUUGGACAUACUAGACUGUAAAAACACCAGGAAAUCAGCUCCAAGUGAUCGUAAUUUAAAAUGAAUCUGUUCCCAAGUAUUCCCACGGAUAAUAGAGAGACACUUGAUCAUAUACAGUUGAAGUCGGAAGUUUACAUACACUUAGGUUGGAGUCAUUAAAACUUGUUUUUCAACCACUCCACACAUUUCUUGUUCUUGCUUCUGCGAAGCCUGGUGGCAGGUCUGUUUGUGCUUUAUGGCCAACUCCUAUGUACGACGUAUGCAUUAUGUUGAGUGUGUAAUGGGUCUAUGUUGUAAACAGCAUUACUGUGUGACUGAGACAAGUUCAUCCUAUCCUAUCAUAUUGACAAGGACCAUAUGAGUUGGCUACUCAGGCUAACAAAGACCUUCAUAGUGUGUGACAGUGGUCGCCAACCGGUCGAUCGCGAACUUACUAGUGAUGGGUCAUGCGCACAAGCAUCGGCUCUGAGAGCCGGCUCUUUGUAGUGAAUCAGAAGAGCCGGCUCGCAUCGAGUGAGAGCCGGCUCCCAGUUUUUUGCCCAUUCGCUGCUUAGGUUUCACUUUCACAGAGGUCUGUUAUGAUUGGCCAGCAUGGCGACCAGCAUGCGGCAUUCACGUGAGAAUUAAGGAUGUGUAAACAGAGAGGGGGCGGGGCAGACACACCACUUGACUCCACUGCAAGUGAAGAGAGAGACAGAGCGGACUGAGGAGCGUGUGUGCGUCUUGCAUUGUCGUGUCGUUUAACUAUGAGUGACACUAGAAAGCGAAGCAGCAUCUGGCUGCAGUUUAAAGAUAUUGGGAACAAGAAAGCAGAGUGCCUUCACUGCAAAACGAAGGUCACUAUAAGAGCAGGUUCCACCACAAACCUGCAUAGACAUACAAGAACUGUCCAUCCUACAGUGCAGUUAGAGGAGAGAGGGCAAGCCAGCUCACCAUCUACUGAUCCUGGUGUGUCUCAUACCAGAACAACAGCUGCUGUAACGUCUACUGCCAUCCCCAUGCGUGCAAGUAUAACCUCUCCUACUGCAACUCAAAGCAAAAUAAGUCAGUUUUUACCUAAACUGAUGACCCCAGCCAAACAGCACAGUAUUGAUGAUGAGUUGGCUAAAAUGGUAGCUUCUGAUUUUCAACCCUUUUCCAUUGUGGAGGACAAAGGAAUGAAAAACUUUGUCAAAGCCCUAAAUCCCACAUACACUCUACCCAGUAGAAAAACACUUUCCCAAACAAUGAUCCCAAAACUAUAUGACACAGAACGUGCAUUAUGGCAAGAAAGGGUGACAAAAGCUCCAUCAGUUUGCCUGACAACUGACUGCUGGACCUCCAGAACAACCUGCUCUUUCAUGUCUGUCACUUGCCACUUUAUUGAAGAUUACAAGAUGACAUCUUGCCUUCUGGACUGCUUCGAGUUCACCGACAGACACACUGCAGAAAAACUUGGCAGUGGAGCUACUAAGAGUGGCAAAAGAGUGGCAAGUAGAGGACAAAGUGGUGUGCUGUGUGAGUGAUAAUGCUGCAAACAUCACCAAAGCCAUAAAAGUUUUGAAGUGGACCCAUCACCCAUGUCUGGCGCAUACACUAAACCUGGUGGUUAGAGAUGCUCUGAAGGUGAUCAAAACAACCGUGGAUAAGGUGAAGGCUGUUGUGGAGUUUUUCCACAAAAGCACAGUAGCAGCACAGAAGCUAAAGUCCACACAGCGCCAAAUGGGGAUUCCUGAACUGAGGCCCAAACAAGAGUGUGCCACCAGGUGGAACUCAACAUUUGAUAUGUUGAAACGAAUGCUUGAAAUAAAAGAUGCCAUCAUCUCCACCCUGGCCCUCAUCAACGCAUCUAUUGAGCCAUUAAGCCAAGAGGAAUGGGAGCUGGUGAAAGAGGUCUGCGCCGUCCUGCAACCAUUCCAGGAGGUGACUGUGGAGAUAAGUGCAGACAGGUACCUAGAACCAUUGAAGCAUUGUUUUCUCUACUACUAUUCAGUCACUAUUAUACAUUGCAAACACAACACAUACAGUAUAAUGCAUCACGUAUAAUAUGCCACAUACUUUUAAAAAACUAAAUUCUAAAAGUUGCUGUUUUCUCUCCUUCAGCUAUGUCACAGCCUCGAAAAUGCUCCUGCUUUGCAAAGGUCUGCAGCUGGUGACAGCCGAGAACCAAUGGACAGUAACUGUGCAGAAAGUGAAGGAAUUAGUUGCAGCUCUUUGUUCAGCCAUGGACCGCAAAUUUCUGCGGAUGGAGUACAACACUGUCCUUUCAGAAACUACCUUAUUGGAUCCAAGGUUUAAAAAACUUGCCUUCAGUGAUCGUAGAGCUGUUGAUGAAGCUCUUCAGAGGAUUAGUGCAGCAGCAGCAGCAAAAUGCACCCCCAGCAGCCAGCCAGCUCCACCAUUACAGGGCCAAGUGGAGGAGGAGCAGCAAACCUCUGCUGUUUGGAGGCUUUUUGAUGACAGAGCUACAGGAGAUGCUUCAAGGAGAAAUCCGACAGCUGAUGCUAUAAUGGAGGUGAGGAGCUACCUUGAGGAGCCCCUCAUCCAGAGAGCAGAAGACCCACUGAGCUGGUGGCAGGCCAAGGCCUCAGUCUUUCCACUCCUGGUGAAGGUGAUGGAGGGGAGACUAUGUAUUGUUGCCACAUCAGUUCCUUCUGAGAGAAUCUUCUCCAAAACAGGGCAGAUACUCACGGAGAGGCGAAAUCGUAUCAGGCCUAUCAGCCCAUCCAAGCUGAGGCAUCUGAUCUUCCUGAAUGCCAACCUGCCCUGAGGACUAAUGCUGUUUGCUGGAGUUUGGUUCUGGUUUUGAUUCUGUUCUGUGGAUUUGUUUGAAGUUUAUUGUUAAUUUGUGCAAUAAAAAAGUUUAAUUGAAAUAAACAAAUGUAAGAGUGGUUUUGUCACAGAAUAAAUGCACAGAAUUAGGCAUUAUAAGGUCUCUCAUAAAAACACUGAAAGCAAAAGGGUUUUCAACACAUAAACCAUGAUUUUUUUUCAAAGUUAAGGUAAAAUAUAGGCUACAAAAGAUCCUAAAUAAAGAGCCGUUCGGGAGUCGAAAGAGCCGGCUCUUCUUUGGGAGCCGAGUCAAAAGAGCCGGCUCUCAGAAAAGAGCCGAACUUCCCAUCAUUAGAACUUACUGGUCGGUGUUCAAGGCAUUCCGAGUCUAUCACCAAACAUUUCCGUAGAAAAUCCAACCGUAAAGGCUUAAAGGCUUGCGCACCCUUUUUUUUUUUUUAUUCGUGUUGCGCUGUUGGCGGUAGGUGCGCUUGAUUCAGAAGCCCUGCGCACCGGGUAAGCAAAGUGUUCCCAUUUUGAACCAUUUUAAUUUGUCUGAAAAGACAAUCUCCGCCUACCCGGGAGAUCUGUGGUAAAUCGAGUGCGCUUACUGCGCUGGCCAAUCGGAUAGCUGAAAUCACCGUGCUUACAGAGCUUCCACCGCCACAGCAAAGUUUGGAACUUGCCUAAGUAAGAUGAAAUAACUUUUAAAACCAUGACCACAGAGAGACUGUCCAAGAAAACAGCAAAGAGCUGCAGUUUAAAUGAGUGAGUUCAUGUUUAAGUUUUUAUUCAGCACUGUCAACACUGUUUUUAUUCAACACAAAACAUAAAACGCGCCUCUCCGUACCCACUUCCGCUGCAGCUGCAAUGAAUGAGUAGCCAAGCGUAUCCAUAGCCCUGCGUUUUUAUUAUUAUUAGCAGCUCGUCGUGUUUAUUUUAAUAUCGAGGAAUAUUUCACAUUCUCUGGUCAUAGGAACAACAUGCAUUUGUGCAUUAGGCAGAUGCGGUGCGACUCGAGUUACGCCACCAGGUGGAAGACUGUGGUCCCUCUGGUCAGUCUCACCGGAGGAAAGGAAGGAGAGCGCAGGGAAGGUGGACGGCGGGCCCUCUGCUGCUCUCUCCCUCCCUCUGCUGAGACUAAUGCCGUGUUCAAAACAAUCUCCUACUUCCGACUUCAAUGUGUUCCAGACAACUGGUAACUCGCAGGGGAAAAAACGAGAUCCGACUAUGAAAAAUCAAUCAAGUAGGAAACUCAGGUAUCUUUCUAGAGCGACGUUCCGACCUGAAGAUCACUGACGUCAUGAUUUGACAAAAAAAUUAAUCCAGAGUUCCCAAUUGUCUUGAAAGCACCAUGACCAUCAGAUACAGAUACAACACCAUCAGUCCAGUAAAAUAAAAAAAGCAAAUUAUUUCAAUUUAUGCUCUGCAGUGCCUCGCAAAUGCUACACCAACUGAUCUAUAUUUAUUUUAUGUGAUCAAAGCUCGAGUUUUUUGUGUACCUUUUUUUUCUGACUUUUUUAAUAAUUAUUUUUUGCAAAUAUUUACUUACUUUUUUUUUUUUAAUUCUGCAUUGUUGGUUAAGGGCUUGUAAGUAAGCAUUUCACUGUAAAGUCUACACCUGUUGUAUUUGGCGCAUGUGACAAAUAAAAUGUGAUUUGAUUGGAGUUUUGAAAUAAUAAUAUGGUCUGAGAUUAACAAUAUUGGCAGGCCAGGCAUAUAGCCAAUAUGCUGUGAUAAUGUAUUAGGUCUACUGCCCAAACCUCAUUCCUACAGAACUUUCUUUAUUAGGUUAAUGUUAUUUAUUUUUUUAUUUUUUUAUCUGAGUGGUGGAUCUCGGCUUUCUUUUUGACUGCAAAAGUGACCUUGACUCAGAAAAGGUUGGUGACCGCUGGUGUAUGAGAUCUGUCUGAACCCAAAGCAGGACCUAACUACUGUAUGGUGAUCUUUACUAAACCAGGUGAACUACCGUGGCCGCAAGGAGAAGCUGGUCAGAGUGCGUAACCCCUGGGGAACAGUGGAGUGGACUGGGGCCUGGAGUGACAAGUAAGAGAGAACCUCAGAGCACUGGGUGGGGUCAAUUCCAUUUCAGUUCAGUUCAUUUUUGGAAGUAAACUGAGGAAAAUGGAAUUGGAAUUUCAACUUGCUUGAUUGAAUUCAAUCAACCCUGGUGGUUACCACACACUUGCUAAAUAAACGGUGGUUCUUCUCUCUCUCUCUCUGUCUCUCUGUCUCUCUCUCUCGCUCUCUAUCUCUCUCUCUCUCGCUCUCUCUCUCUCUGUCUCUCUCUCGUCUCUCUCUCGUCUCUAUCUCUCUCUCUCUCUCUCUCUCUCUCUCUCUCUCUCUCUCUCUCUCUCUAGCUCCUCUGAAUGGAACAGUGUAGAUGAUUCUGAGCGGGACGUUGUGAAGGCAGACGAUGGAGAGUUCUGGUAAAGUGGCUUCUACAGCACUCAAAGGGCCAGCCCAUAAUUAUAUCCCAAGUACUUGUUCUAUUUGAAUAAUUUAUUAUUACAGUCACUUAAGCAAUAAAAGUUGUAAUCUCAUUAUCUUAAGUAUCUGUUUGAUCAAGGUUGUGUGGGUUUAAGCCAAGGCGUGCCUGGGUUUAACCAUGUGAAUCAUGUCAGAACAGAUUACCUGUGUUGCUUUGUGUUGUGAAAUACAUACAUUUUUACAGACAGCCAAAUCUGGUUAUGGCUUCGAGAAUAUUUAAAUGCCAAUGUCAUUUCUGUUUUGUGGUGUGUUUGUGAUCUGUUCCAACUGUGUUCUGUUUCACAGGUUGUAUUUCACAGACUGUGUGUUAAUACAGUUGAAGUCGGAAGUUUACAUACACUUAGGUUGGAGUCAUUAAAACUCGUUUUUCAACCACUCCACACAUUUCUUGUUAACAAACUAUAGUUUUGGCAAGUCGGUUAGGACAUCUACUUUGUGCAUGACACAAGUAAUUUUUCCAACAAUUGUUUACAGACAGAUUAUUUCACUUAUAAUUCACUGUAUCACAAUUUCAGUGGGUCAGAAGUUUACAUACACUAAGUUGACUGUGCCUUUAAACAGCUUGGAAAAUUCCAGAAAAUGAUGUCAUGGCUUUAGAAGCUUCUGAUAGGCUAAUUGACAUCAUUUGUGUCAAUUGGAGGUGUACCUGUGGAUGUAUUUCAAGGCCUACCUUCACACCCAGUGCCUCUUUGCUUGACAUCAUGGGAAAAUCAAAAGAAAUCAACCAAGACCUCAGAAAAACAAUUGUAGACCUCCACAAGUCUGGUUCAUCCUUGGGAGCAAUUACCAAACACCUAAAGGUACCACGUUCAUCUGUACAAACAAUAGUACGCAAGUAUAAACACCAUGGGACCACGCAGCUGUCAUACCGCUCAGGAAGGAGACGCGUUCUGAUGAACGUACUUUGGUGCGAAAAGUGCAAAUAAAUCCCAGAACAACAGCAAAGGACCUUGUGAAGAUGCUGGAGGAAACAGGUACAAAAGUAUCUAUAUCCACAGUAAAACGAGUCCUAUAUCAACAUAACCUGAAAGGCUGCUCAGCAAGGAAGAAGCCACUGCUCCAAAACCGCCAUAAGAAAGCCAGACUACGGUUUGCAACUGCACAUGGGGACAAAGAUCGUACUUUUUGGAGAAAUGUCCUCUGGUCUGAUGAAACAAAAAUAGAACUGUUUGGCCAUAAUGACCAUCGUUAUGUUUGGAGGAAAAAGGGGGUGCUUGCAAGCCGAAGAUCACUAUCCCAACCGUGAAACACGGGGGUGGCAGCAUCGUGCUGUGGGGGUGCUUUGCUGCAGGAGGGACUGGUGGACUUCACAAAAUAGAUGGCAUCAUGAGGAAGGAAAAUUAUGUGGAUAUAUUGAAGCAACAUCUCAAGACAUCAGUCAGGAAGUUAAAGCUUGGUCAAAAAUGGGUCUUGCAGAUGGACAAUGACCCCAAGCAUACUUCCAAAGUUGUGGCAAAAUGGCUUAAGGACAACAAAGUCAAGGUAUUGGAGUGGCCAUCACAAAACCCUGACCUCAAUCCUAUAGAAAAUGUGUGGGCAGAACUGAAAAAGCGUGUGCGAGCAAGGAGGCCUACAAAACUGACUCAGUUAUACCAGCUCUGUCAGGAGGAAUGGACCAAAAUUCACCCAACUUAUUGUGGGAAGCUUGUGGAAGGCUACCCGAAACCUUUGACACAAGUUAAACAAUUUAAAGGCAAUGCUAGCAAAUACUAAUUGAGUGUAUGUUAACUUCUGACCCCACUGGGAAUGUGAUGAAAGAAAUAAAAGCUGAAAUAAAUCAUUCUCUCUACUAUCAUUGUGACAUUUUCACAUUCUUAAAAUAAAGUGGUGAGCCUAACUGACCUAAGACAGGGAAUUUUUACCUGGAAAAACUGAGUUUAAAUGCAUUUGGCCAAGGUGUAUGUAAACUUCCGACUUCAACUGUAUAUACAAUAUAAUAUAAAUGGCGUUUUGCUGAUGUGUCCCCAGGCUAUUGGUAUAAUAUAAAUGGCGUUUUGCUGAUGUGUCCCCAGGCUAUUGGUAUAAUAUAAAUGGCGUUUUGCUGAUGUGUCCCCAGGCUAUUGGUAUAAUAUAAAUGGCGUUUUGCUGAUGUGUCCCCAGGCUAUUGGUAUAAUAUAAAUGGCGUUUUGCUGAUGUGUCCCCAGGCUAUUGGUAUAAUAUAAAUGGCGUUUUGCUGAUGUGUCCCCAGGCUAUUGGUAUAAUAUAAAUGGCGUUUUGCUGAUGUGUCCCCAGGCUAUUGCGCACGGCGUCCUCAGUGGGAGGGACUAAAGAAUUCUACCUUGGAAUUCUAUGGUCACUCCCACCUUUCUAAGGAAAGUAUUUGUCAUCAUUUAAUUUAGCGAAUCACACGACUGCGAGGCGUCGCUCCAAAUGGAGGCGAGACACAACACGUAUGGGGGAGGGUUAGGGGGAAGGUGUUGUGGGAAAUGAUUGGUUGGUAGAUUAAGCUGAUUUAAGACAAUGCAAAUGAGCUGGGAGUUUCUCUCUGUCUUUCUGUUUGCUAACGAAGGCCAAGUUUCAAAUGAAACACCAGUGAAAUGCUGGUACCAAGUCAAUGUGCAGGGAUACCAGGUAGUAACGAGGCUAUAUACAAGGAGUACCAGUACUGAGUCAAUGUGCAUGGGUACGAGGUAGUUGAGGUAAUUGACGUAACAUGUACAUGUAGGUCGGGGUAAAAGUGACUAGUCAAUCAGGAUAGAUAAUAAACAGAGUAGCAGCAGUGUUGGUAGUUGAGGUAAUAUGUACAUGUAGGUAGGGGUAAAAGAGACUAGUCAAUCAGGAUAGAUAAUAAACAGAGUAGCAGCAGUGUUGGUAGUUGAGAUAAUAUGUACAUGUAGGUAGGGGUAAAAGUGACUAGUCAAUCAGGAUAGAUAAUAAACAGAGUAGCAGCAGUGUUGGUAGUUGAGGUAAUAUGUACAUGUAGGUUGGGGUAAAAGUGACUAGUCAAUCAGGAUAGAUAAUAAACAGAGUAGCAGCAGUGUUGGUAGUUGAGGUAAUAUGUAUACGUAGGUAGGGGUAAAAGUGACUAGUCAAUCAGGAUAGAAAAUAAACAGAGUAGCAGCAGCAUAUAUGAUGUGUGUGAAAGUGUGUGUGUGUGUGGCAUUAGUAUUCAUGUGUAUGCGUGUUAUGUGUGUGUGAGCGUAUGUAGUGUGUGUGGUUUGACCCGUUGGUCCACCAGGCUCUUCGUGCAUAUGGGUGUCGGAAGUGUCUGGGAAUGAGAUGACCAUUUAGAACAUACUUUUAUCCAAAGAGACUUAUCGAACCCACUAUCCUGGCAUUACAAGUGCCAUGCUUUAUCAACUGAGUUUGAUUUGUGUGUUAAAGAAUAAAAGUUUACCCACUUUGCUUACAUGUCUUUACAGGAUGUCCUUCUCUGACUUGGUGUUGCUUCCUGUCUUUACAGGAUGUCCUUCUCUGACUUGGUGUUGCUUCAUGUUCUUGUCUUUACAGGAUGUCCUUCUCUGACUUGGUCUUGCUUCCUGUCUUUACAGGAUGUUCUUCUCUGACUUGGUGUUGCUUCCUGUCUUUACAGGAUGUUCUUCUCUGACUUGGUGUUGCUUCAUGUCUUUACAGGAUGUCCUUCUCUGACUUGGUGUUGCUUCAUGUCUUUACAGGAUGUCCUUCUCUGACUUGGUCUUGCUUCCUGUCUUUACAGGAUGUUCUUCUCUGACUUGGUGUUGCUUCCUGUCUUUACAGGAUGUUCUUCUCUGACUUGGUGUUGCUUCAUGUCUUUACAGGAUUCCUUCUCUGACUUGUGUUGCUUUCAUGUUUUUUACAGGAUGUGCUUCUCUGACUUGGUGUUGCUUCAUGUCUUUACAGGAUGUCCUUCUCUGACUUGGUGUUGCUUCCUGUCUUUACAGGAUGUCCUUCUCUGACUUGGUGUUUCUUCAUGUUUUUACAGGAUGUCCUUCUCUGACUUGGUGUUGCUUCCUGUCUUUACAGGAUGUUCUUCUCUGACUUGGUGUUGCUUCCUGUCUUUACAGGAUGUCCUUCUCUGACUUGGUGUUUCUUCAUGUUUUUACAGGAUGUCCUUCUCUGACUUGGUGUUUCUUCAUGUUUUUACAGGAUGUCCUUCUCUGACUUGGUGUUGCUUCCUGUCUUUACAGGAUGUUCUUCUCUGACUUGGUGUUGCUUCCUGUCUUUACAGGAUGUCGUUCACAGACUUCAUGAAGAAUUACCAACGUCUGGAGAUCUGCACUCUGACCCCUGACACCCUGACCUCAGAUGAUACCAAACAAUGGAGUGUGUCCAACUACAACGGGGCCUGGAGGAAAGGGUCGACCGCUGGAGGAUGCAGGAAUAAUCCCUGUAACGCAUGCCCCCCCCCCCCCCCCCCCACACACACACACACACACAUACACACACACAUACACACACACACACACACCACAGGCGGCCGCUAAGGGAGGACAGUUCAUAAUAAUGUCUGGAAUGGAGUAAAUGGAAUGGCAUCAAACACCUGGAAACCAUUCCAUUAAUUCCGUUCCAGCCAUUACUAUGAGCCCGUCCUCCCCAAUUAAGGUGCCACCAACCUCCUGUGACACACAAAGGCAGCUUCCUCAGCCAAUGGAAAUUGAGUCUUUAUGUCAAUCAUCAGGCUAAAUCCAUGCAGUGGAUUCUAACCUCUCCCUCAACCCAACCCUCAUAUUGACCCUGGUCAAUCUCGACUCCCACAGAUACUCCCCCAGAUACCUUUUUUUUAAAAAGACCACAAACACACCUCAACCAUACACUACUACUCUCCUUCAUAAUAACCCUGGCCAAUCCCCCCCUUUCCCCCACAGACACGUUCUGGAUGAAUCCCCAGUUCAAGAUCAAGCUGGAGGAAGAGGAUGACGACCCAGGCGAUGAUGUGGUCGGCUGUAGCUUUGUGGUGGGACUCAUCCAGAAGAACAGGAGACGGAUGAGGAAAGCAGGAGAGGACAUGCUCACCAUCGGGUUCGCCAUCUAUGAGGUGGGGCUCGGGGCAUCACCCACAAUACACUGGACA